AAAACUCCAACAGCAACAACUCAGCCAGUCCAACUUGGAGCUCCUCGCGAACGAUGGGGAUGGCCAAGUGUAUCGCCCUCGUUUCUUGCCUUCUGUUCGUGGCGUCCGCCGCUGCGGCGGCGCGCAGUCUCGCCGCUGACGGCGAGCGUUUCGGUGCCCGCAAGGACUACUAUCCUCCUGGCCCGACUGACCCAACCCCCUCCCCCGAUACCCUUCCUCCUCCACAUGAUUCGCAUGGGAUUCCGCCCUGCUCGCCGUCCGUCGGGACCUCUCCGACCACUCCAGGCGGCUUCAACAACCCGCCGGCGCCGUCCACAGGCACUGCCCCGCCUACUACUCCUACGCCUGGUGGCGAUUACAAUCCUCCAUCGCCUUCUGCCCCUGCUACGCCCGGCGGCGAAGACACCCCGCCCUCGCCGUCCAGCGGCACGUCUCCGACAACCCCCGGUGGAGGCGGAAGCUACUACCCGCCCUCCCCGUCCAGCGGCACUUCUCCUACCACGCCCGGUGUCAGCAACUGCCCGCCCUCGCCGUCCGCCGGCACUGACCCGACAACGCCUGGCGGCGCCGGUGGAUACCCGCCUUCCCCGUCCUCGCCCGGUGGAAGCGACUACCCGCCAUCCCCGUCUUCGCCCGGUGGAAACGACUACCCGCCGUCCCCGAUGACGCCUGGCGUCGUCGGCAACUGCCCGCCCACCCCGUCGGCCGGCACCUUGCCAACCACCCCUGGCUCUGGCUACUACCCACCAUCCCCGUCCACCGGCACGACCCCGACGACCCCUGGUGGUGGCUACUACCCACCCUCGCCGUCCACCGGCACUGACCCGAACACGCCUGCUGGCGGCGGCUGCCCGCCCGCCCCGUCCACCGGCACUGACCCAAACACGCCUGGUGGCGGGUACAGUACCCCGCCGACGCCUUGCAUUGGCACCACUCCGCCCGCAUGCACGCCGACGACUCCGGAUGUGCCGAUCAGCACCCCGUCGACACCGCCCUUCUCCCCGCUGGUGCCAACGCCGCCGACCAACACCCCGGCGCCGUUCGACCCCAACACCCCACCCUUCUCCACUGGCCCGUACAGUUACUGGAUGUCGCAUCCUGGCGUGAUAUGGGGCCUGUUCGGGUUCUGGUGCCCGCUGGUGCGGCUCUUCGGCCCGAGCGCCGCGGUGCCGUUCGGCCACGACCUCACCGUGCCGGAGGCGCUGGCCAACACGCGCGCGGACGGCGUGGGCGCGCUCUACCGCGAGGGCACGGCGUCGCUGCUCAACUCCAUGGUCAGCGCCGGGGGGUUCCCCUUCACCACGCAGCAGGUCAAGGACGGCUUCGGCGCCGCGCUCGGCUCGGGCGACGAACGCGCCGCCGCCGCGCAGGCGCAGCUCUUCAAGAUGGCAAACGAGGGGCAGGCCAAGCACUAAUGUCGGCCCGUACGGUCACCUAGCUAGCUAGGAUCUCGACGUAGUUCACCUGUGUUUGCGUGCGGUUGUGAUGUUGUCCGGUGCUUGAAUCAAGCUGCUAGGCUGCUUGGAUUAGGAGUACGUGUCUGUGCGCUCGUGUGUUUGUUUGUUCUGUUUGCGCCCGUGUGGAAGCUUUCAUAUGACCUGUCAACGUGUACUCUUUCUUUCUCAGUCGAGUAACAUGGCAUGAUGGCAGAUAUAAUGUUGGGCCGAAAAUCAA